AUGGAUUCCAUUCAGCGUCAGCCAUCUAGACCUCCUACUGUGUGGUGUGACGGAACACCCGAUUGGGCCACUUUGAAAAAACCAACCCAUCCAUCUGCACCGUCUUCCGGGCCCCAGCCCGACCCAGCGGCAACUACUUCUGCUCCGGCUCAUCCUGAACCAGCACAGCUGAAGGAUCAAGACCAAGCUUGGAAUAUUCAGCCGGUUUUCCAAAACCCAUGGCUGACGUAUGAGGCGAUCGUGGUGAUUUCCCAAGGACAGUCCGUCUUCUUGGCCCGGCACAGAAACAACAAAGUGGCUCUGGUCAAUAUCCACCUUCUGAAGCAGCAGUUUUCGUCUGUCAAGCCACUGUUGGAAGCCAGGAGUCAACUCUCUCAUCCCAGCUCUCUGGGUCUGCUGGGGUGCUACUAUUGGGAGGAUCAGGUGUUUUUGGUCUGGGAAUCAGUAGAGCUCUCAGUCCUCGAAGGAAUUCAAUAUCUGCGCAGUCGCGGGAGAGCCCUCGCCGCCUUGAGUGCCGACACCAUGUUGCUCACAGAGUCCGAUGGGGUCAGGAUCGCGGGAGUGGAGCACAGCUGCCAAAUCGAUGCAGCCGAGAUGGACGCGGCAACUCUGAAGCUUUUCGCUUUGGCUGAGGUUGUAAAAAGGCUGAUCAUGAAGAAUCCACACUACCCGUGGAGUGCCGAAGCCAAAGGUCUGCCUGAGGAGUUGAAAAGCUGCAGUUCACCGGAGGAGCUUUUACGCAGCAAACUCUUCGAGCAAUUGGGGGAUGAGGGCGAACUGAAGAUGCUGGUGAACGCGGCCAACAAGACUGCUUAUCACAACCUCGAGUCAUUCAAGCGCAUAUGA